UUCUGGUGUUUUAUUAGUCACUAACGCUGGUACAGAGCGUACCUGCUUUUAAGUUGAAGCAUGUAACGCGUUAGUUUGUCUGCGAGCUUCACGCUAAUAAACUUCCCCACUGUCCCGGAGACUGCGCCUAGUUCAAAAACAUGGAGGAAAGUGAGAGAGAAGUAAGAGGUGAAAUCAGCUCGGUUUGUUGUAAUCAAACGUUAAAUUUAACCUCAUGUACGCAGCAAAACACAGGCGGAAAGGAUGAUAGUGAUACUGACAAGAAGCUGGACAUUAGUUCAGAUCAAUUUGAUCCUCUACUUGCCUUGUAUUCUUCAGAAGUUCCUCUGCCUUAUCCUAACGUCAAGUGCUUCAACAACCUCGCGGAAUAUGAGAGCUUUAUGAAAGGCGGCCGCGGAAGAGCGAAACCUGAAAAUGUGGCGAAAAAGAUCCGAAAAGCGAAAAGAGGAGUAACAGAUCCGGAGAGAAUAGAGAGGCUGAAACAGCUCAUGGUGAAAAAAAAUCCAUCUGAAGAAGGAGAGGAGAGCGGAGUGAAGAGACCUGCAAAACACAGAGCUCCAAAAAACGUGCUGACGAGGAUGCCAUUGCAUGAAGGCAGUCCUUUAGGAGAACUGCACCGCUGUGUCCAGCACCGUCUCCGAGUCAGAGUUCACAUUCGCUCAUUUAAGGGCCUGCGUGGAGUCUGUAGCGGCUUCCUGGUGGCUUUCGACAAAUUCUGGAACCUGGCGAUGGUGGAUGUGGAUGAAACCUACAGGGAGCCGUUACUCGGAGAGGCAUUCUACCACGAAAAAUCCCUGACUGUUACAAGGCUGUUCCAAAAGUUGCAAGUUCAGGCUACAUCUGGGAAAGCAGCUGCAGAGGCUGAGACUUCCAAAACACACGAGCCUAGUGUUGAGCAACACCACACCAGCACAAGCACAAGCAGUGCCGCCAGGGUUCGAACGUCCAGACAAGCAACGGAGAAACUGGCACAGUGUGUGACAAACCUGGCAGUGACCAAAACAGACAUGUCUCAUAUACCUGGUGCUGGUUCAGAGCAGAGACUGAAGGUGUCUAAGCCGAGAGUAGAGUAUGGACGAGUGCGCAGUCGUCAUGUCAAUCAGCUCUUUAUCCGGGGAGAAAACGUCCUGCUUGUGAAUAUCCAGCAUGAGUAGCAGCAUUGUGUGAACUGGUUAUUGGAAUAGAUCCUGUUUCUGAUUCAAAGAGGACAUGUGCUGAGUUUUUUUUUUAUUGUAUCAUAUUGAUAUGAAUAUAAUCAUAUUUGGAGAAGUGGAGAAAAGAAAUAAACCUCUUUGCAAUGA